UUUAUUGUUGUCUUGUAAUAGCAACCCGCUCUCGGGCUCCCUUAUUUGCAUUCUCAGCAGGACGGCAAGGUGAAUAAUUUAAUUCCAGCAGCCUCUGCCACGUGACGAUGCGAGGGACCCGUCAGCGAUGCCUCCCCUGUGCCGACAGACUUCGGAGGGGAAUGGAAACUUACAGAAGCGAUGCGAAAUCGUCGCAUCUCCUCCCUUAACCCCGGGGAAAUCUCCCGGCAGAGCGAUCGCUUCUUCCUUCGCUUUUCCACGCGUUCCUCUGACGUGGAGCUUAGGGGAGGAGGGGAAGGGGGGGGGUGUGUGUGAGCCUGCGAGCAAGACGAGCGAGGGAGUGGGAAGCGGGGAGGGCAGCGGGGAAAAAUGCACACCCAGCCACCGAGCUAGUUGGAGCAGGAACGACGAGGAGCCGGAGCGAGGCCCGGAGCCCAGCCGCCGGCAGCGGGGAGUGGAAAUUUACAGCUGCUUGUGAGCGCCUGUGCAUGUUGAAGCGAUCCUUUCCGCUAACGCUUUUUCCAGAGGCUGAAGAAGAGCGGGAGGCCGAGUCGAGGGAUCCCUUCUCUCUGCCACGUGUCAGUAACCGGAGGGUGGGGGGGGAGAAAGCGGAAUUAAAUGGAAGAUAACUGAAGGCGGCUGCUGGCGGCGUGGCCUGCGGGGAGGCGGCAGAGCUGUCUUCAGCACCCGGCCAUGGGGCUGCACGGGGCUGCCUAGGAGCCCCCACCUUUCCUCACGCAUGCAUUCCCUUUAUGAGCAGAUAAACUGUCAGAAGAGAUAUUUUGAAGACUGAUAAAGCAUAGGCUUUGGUGUCAAAUGACUUAGGCUUCAUUCCUGACACAGCCACUGAUUUUUUUUUGUGACCUUGGGCGGUCCUCUUCUAUCCUGAAAGAAGAAAUCCAAGUGAAGAAAAAACAUGCCUUUGUUUAGUAAAUCGCACAAAAAUCCUGCUGAGAUUGUGAAAAUUCUGAAAGAAAACAUGGCCAUAUUGGAAAAACAAGAAAAAAAGACUGACAAGGCAUCGGAGGAAGUGUCAAAAUCUCUUCAAGCAAUGAAGGAAAUUCUGUGUGGGACCACAGACAAGGAGCCACCUACAGAAAUUGUGGCUCAGCUGGCACAAGAGCUGUACAACAGUGGCCUUCUAGUGACACUUAUUGCCAACCUGCAGCUGAUAGAUUUUGAGGGCAAAAAGGACGUUUCCCAGAUAUUUAACAACAUCUUGAGAAGACAGAUUGGCACACGCAGCCCUACAGUGGAAUACAUUAGUGCCCAUCCACAUAUCCUAUUCAUGCUUCUAAAAGGAUAUGAAUCCCCAAAUAUUGCCUUACGCUGUGGAAUUAUGCUGAGAGAGUGCAUCCGGCAUGAACCCUUGGCCAAAAUCAUACUUUUCUCGGAACAGUUCAGAGACUUUUUUAAAUAUGUGGAAAUGUCAACGUUUGAUAUAGCUUCUGAUGCCUUUGCUACAUUCAAGGACCUGUUAACACGACACAAAUUGCUGGUAGCAGAAUUUCUGGAACAAAAUUAUGAUGCAAUCUUUGAGGAUUAUGAAAAACUCCUUCAUUCUGAGAAUUACGUAACGAAGAGACAAUCUUUGAAGCUGCUGGGUGAAUUGAUUCUGGAUCGACAUAACUUUGCCAUCAUGACAAAAUACAUCAGCAAACCAGAAAAUCUGAAGCUGAUGAUGAACUUGCUGCGAGAUAAAAGCCCCAACAUUCAGUUUGAAGCGUUCCACGUGUUCAAGAUGAGAUCUAAAGGAGCAUCAUUUUGGUUUGGGCUGAGGGUGGCCAGUUGAGUAGCGAUGAGGUGGAUGCUACAGGUAACAAAAUACACAGCUUCUAGGUGGUAUCCAGGGUACCUUCCCCCAACUCUUAGGUCAUUUAACCAUGUGAUUCUGGGUAAAGACUAAGAAAAAAAGUCUUAAAACUCUACAUUAAAACUACAAGUAGAUGGAGCUGGCCCUGUGCAUCAGUGCAAGCACAAUCUGCUUUUUAAAGCUAUUAAAAAGAUUUGAUAAAUCUGAGCUUGAAAUGAGUAUAAUCCUUCUGCCCUUUUGCAGUGAUCAUUAAUGCAGUCUUAAACAAUUACCAGACCCAAACAGUGUCCCAUUUUUCAUGAUGAUUAAUGUUAGUAGGUGAGAAGUUUACCAUUUUCCUAUCAAAAAAAAUAUCUGUUCUGGGACGGAGGGCGGGUUGAAUUGUUAUUAUGCAAAACUACCUUUAAUUUGGAAUGAAUACAUUAAUUUCAGACUAUGCAAAUAGAGUUGUUAAUGAUUUUCAGAAGAAGAAUACUGGGCCUGUAAGGAUAUCCUUCCCCAAGACGGUUAAGAAAGAUACCAGAUCACACCAAAAGGCAUGCUAUUGGAAAAAGGUUACAUCACCCUCCACAAAUUCAGGGUGACUUGUUAAGUUUUGUACUUCUGCCAUUCCUGAUUUGGAAAAAAAAAGCUUUCAGAUCUUCAGUGUGGAGGCUUAGAGGGUGUGCAGCUUCUCUGACAAGCUUUCCGUUUCCAAAAAAAAAAAAAAAAAAUACUUCAAGGAGAAAAUUUUUAAAAAUUCCCUUCCUGAAAUAAGCAGCUUGGUAAGCUGUUCCCUUGCUGACUUCCUCCAUAGUCAGCUGAACCACUGUGAGUAACUUCUACUCUUCCUUCUUAUCAGGAGGUAUGCGGCUCCAAGAUAAGCAAGCAGUCAGGCUCCAAACACUUGCAGCCUUUGACAUGCCUGUGGAGGGAAGGGAUCAGAGGAUUGGGCUCUCUUAGCUGCUCUGUGAAUAAAUGCCAUUAUUUUUAUGUAUGAAACACAUGAGUUGCUGUUCCUGAAUUAAUGAUAGUCAUGGCCCAGGCCUCGGGAACAGCUGAUUUUGCUUAUUUUAAGAGGCAUUUGAAAGGAUUUGGAAUAACUUGAAAGGAUUUCAGUGUGCAACCAUGUCACGCACUGCUAUUGCUCCCAUUCCACCUUCCCUAUUCCUCUCUCCCUUUCCUUUUCCAGUAUGUUGCAUCCCAUUUCCAGUUAUAGUGGGGACGUUGUAGGCUCAGCCUUGCUUGACUACUUGCAGUCGCUAUCACAUGGCCAUAAACGCUGAGGCCUUGGGGUGCCCAGUGAAACAAACUGUGCCUGGUGGUAACUCUUCAGUUCAAAGGGCCAAACUCUGUCCUCAGGUCCUAACCUCCACGGGAUGCUGUGGUUUUGGUUUUUUUUCCAGUGGUACCCGUCGGCAUUUAAGCGGUGCCACGGCAUUCCUCCCGCCAUCUCACAUGCCCAGUGCUUGUUGUGGGGAAAUUGCAGGCUCGGAGCAGAACCUGGUCAGCUGGAAAUUGCUUAUUUAUAACCACCAGCAGCGCACCAGAGUAACUCCAGAGGUGCAGCAGAGCUCCCCUUUUAGGUCCUCGCUGAGGAUCUGGGUUAGCUGGAUGUAGCAUUCAGCUUCUCCCCGGUGGGCAGGGUAGUUUUAGGGCACGUUACAGAAAAUUACAUCGUGAAUUGGCUUUGUAGAGCGGGCCAGAGUAGAUCAUUUUCCUCUGAUUUCACUUCUUAAAUUGAAUUCUAACUUCUUGACAACUGCUAAAGGAAAUCCUUAAACAAUUAAGGGAGUGGGGAAAGCCGCUACUGGCUGGUUGUGCCUCCUGUCCUGCAGUGUCCCUGCCUCCUGUUUCUGGGUUGGUGUCCCUCAGCCCAGUUCUCGUCAGCUGUACUAAUUCCAUGCUAGUGUAACUGGGAGAGGAAUCUUGUCCUCGGCUUUUAAUCUCAUAAAUUUUAAACUGUGCCUGCAUUUUUAAAUUGUGCUUGCAAAAUACCUGUGCGGUCCUGGUUGAAAUUACAGUAGACUAACCACAGUGAUUUGAAAUCAAAGGUCUGCUGAGAAGUGGAUACUUGCUGCUCUGUCUGAGCUGCCAAAAGAUUUGGGUUUAAAUUACCUGAUUUAGAUGUUUCACCAGUUAGACACAGUUGAAAUGAAAAAGUGCUUGUUUUGUAAGCACCCAGAUUCCUACACUCCCAUGCCCCAGCUGACCCAAAAAAAGGCACAUGACUUACCGCCCUGAGGCAAUUUCUAAUUACUGAAGAUUCAAAACUGUAGAGAUAGAGGUUAAAAUGAUGAGCACCUCUAGUGCAAAAAUAUUUUGCAGGAACAUUUUAUGGUUGAAAACGCCAGUACCUGUCCUGGUUUCAGCUGGGAUAGAAUUAGUUUUCUUCCUAGUAGCUAGCGUAGUGCUGUGUUUUGGAUUUAGGAUGACAAUAAUGUUGAUAGCAUGCUGGUGUUUUAGUUGCUGCUGAGCUGUGCUUACACUAAGUCAAGGACUUUUCAGCUUUUCAUGCUGCCCUGCCAGUGAGGAGGCCGGGGGGUGGGGGGCACAAGAAGCUGGUCAGGGACACAGCCAGGACAGCUGACCCAACCUGGCCAGAUUCCAUACCAUCGGGUGUCAUGCUCAGCAUAUAAACUAGGGGGAAAGCUGGCUGGGGGCUGCUGCUGGGCACCAGUUGGUGGUGAGCAAUUGUUUUUCAUUUGCAUCACUUGUUUUUCUCAGGUUUUAUUUCUCUGUUAUUUUCCUUUUCCUUACAGUUGUUUUAUUAUUAUCGUCACCGUCAUCUUCAUCAUAAUGACGUUUAAUUUCAAUUAUUAAACCAUUCUCAUCUCAACCCACAAGUUUUCUUACUUUUACCCUUCUGAUUCUUUUCUCCAUCCCACCAGGGGGGUGAGUGAGCAAGCAACUGUGUGAUGCUUACUUGCCAGCUGGGGUUAAACAAUGGCAGUACCCCUUCAAGCCCUGAGAACAUUUAAUUCAUCCAGGAUGCUUUUGGGUGGGAAAUUGAAGGCAGCCAGAGCUCCCACUUGCAGUGCCUCCUCCCGUUCUCCACUGGGGAGAUGCUCGAUCUUCCUCCAGCUCCUCCUCUUCCUUUUGCCUGAGCAAAAUGGAGCUUCUAUUUACUCAUUAGGAAAAGCUAACAGACCUCACCCCUUUCCUCCUCCUCCACAAAUAAUCCGGUGGGGUUGCCUAGAGCCGUGGGCUUUGAGAGUCACCGGUUCUUCUCUGCGUUGACUUCAGUGGAGAGCUCCCAGUCUUGAGCACGUACACGUUGAGGACCAAAUGUUGUUGGGAAGGACUCUCCAGAUCCUGUGAUGGGUUUGUGAGAGUUAUUGGUGGAGGCUGCUUUGAGCUUGCCCGUAGGGGAGAGCAAAGCUCUCAGACACGCGUCAACAUGGUGUGGGUAGUCCUUUGACCUUACGCAUCUACGACUAAAAGCUAAUAACAAGCUCUCUUGGCUUUCACAUAAACAAAUAGAUUAUUUUGAGGAAAACACCCUGUAGCGGUGAAUUGGGAUCAUACAACGUUCUUAAGCAGACAUUUAGCAAGACACAUUUUACUGUUUAAAUCUAAAAAUAGAAUGGGUACACUGUGUUUUCUGACCUUAGUUUUGUUUUUCCGUUCUCUUUCGUGCACAUUAGAGUUACCUCCUGCAGCUUGCUCUGCAAGUGGUCUCACAUAAUUUGACCAUACUGACAGUUUCCUCUCGGUACAGAGCUGAAACCACAUUUGUGGGGAUGUGUCCUCUCUGUUUCUAAGCUGGAGAAUUUAAAGGGCAAGAAGUGUGACACGGAGCAUUGCGCUAUAAGCUACAUGAACCACAAGGCAUGUCCUGUGUGCAGUUUCCUGACACAGGAAGAUUGUGCGUGACCCCUGAGUAAGGCUUAAAAUACCCUGUCCAGGGUAUCCAAUCCCUGAAAUUGCUUUUGUUCUGCUGUAGUCCCAGAGGAUGGUGAUGCCUGGUUAUUAAUGGUAAGGAAACAAGGUCAGAUUCUAUAAUCAAGUGAUUUUGGUAUUUGUUUGAAGAAAUACAGUGUAUGACUCUUAAUGGAGAAGAGAGCAACAGUUCCACUUUGGACAACUCUUGAAGCUUCAGAGUUGAUUUUCAUUCCAGACCUUUUGCAAGUAUUCACAAAGUGGAACUGUGCUGAAACGGCUAUUUUUAGAGUUGGAAUUUUAAUAUGAGUACUCUCUUUAUUUUGCUCUCUGUCUCUCUUAUAGAUCUUAAUUCAGUGCUCUAGAAUACGCAACCUUUCAUAAUAAAACCAUAGGUUAAAGUUUUCUGUGAAGUGUUUCAGCUUCAGUUAUACAUUAUUUUAGCAGAAAUGUUCUGGAUAGCAUUAAUAAUGAUUUCUGGUUUCAGGGAUUUAUCCCCUCCUCUGUAUCAGUACAGAAUUCUGAAUGUGGGGGGCUCGUUUAAAGAUAAAGUCUCGUGGUGGUCCUAAUCCAAGGCUUUGUGAAGCUGAUUAGUUGGUACCGGCAGGAUUGAUUCUAUUUGCUUAGCCAAAGUAUUUAAUAACAUUUCAGGAAUUUUCUGGUCCUUUAACAUUUUCUUUAUGAGUCCCUGCUGACAUUGAGCAAGACUGGCAGUCAAGAUGAUCUGUGUUUGAAUGUUCAGCUUGACAGUUUUGCAAGGGGAAGAUUAUAAUCUAUAAAUAAUCGAGCAGGAAGAUAAACAGGAUGUGAUGUCUUCUAUUAAACCAAGUUCUUUAAUUAUUUGCUAUGGUAAUGCCAGUUGUUAGACCAAUACGAAAUGCUGGUAUUUACUAGGUUUAACACUAAAACCUCCCGGUUCUGCUUGACGACCAGAGUAUAGGUUUUACAAGAAGAAUGAUUUAGGUUUCUUCAUUUUGAGAGUCAGCCUUCACCUAUCCUUGUAAGGAGGCCUUAUAUUCAUUGAAGGAAGGUGUUCAGCAGUUCUGUAACAGAUCCCAUUUGCACUGUAAUCAGAUUAUUUCUGGAAAUGUGGGUCCUGACAGUGUUCUUGACGGUUUUCUUCUCCUGGUCGCAAAGGGGGAACCGAGCUCCAAAAUUAAAAACAUUUAAUGAAGAUCUGUAACGGUUACUUUCCUCAUCCCCGUAUGCUUACAUACUGCUUUUCUCAGAGGAGGCUCGUCCAGAUGUCCCGGGACUUGUCACAGUCCAAAUCCUGGAAGUAUCCGGCCUCCAUCAGUGUGGUGACCUGCUGUGGGUCAGCACGUGGGGAGCUGCAUUGCGGGGCGGCUCGAGCUGAGACCGUGAACUGCUGCAGUCUCAGCCACAGCCAAACAUUUGUACCCACGAGAUUUCAGGAUUCGUGUCCCUUCGAUAAGGCACAGACUGGAAGGCUGUAAAAUCCAUUCAGCAGUGAUUAACAUCCCCAAAGCCUUUAUUUAUUUAUUUAUUUAUUUUCUCAUGGGGGGAACUGAUGCAUCGAUAGCAGCAUAUCGAAGUUAUUUGUAAGAGAAGGCAUAUUGCUUUCAAAUGCUGCAGGCAGGGACAGAACACUCAGCUAUCCACAGACCAUUAAGUGUAGUGGGAGCUGUGAACUGGCUGUCCAACCCACUGGUAAAUGUGUCCCUGGUAAGAUGUUGCGCUUGGAGUUCUUGGGAGCAUCUCUCAGGAAAGCUGGUAUUGAAGGGAUCCUUGAGAGCUGGGUUUGUUGGUGCUACUCUUGAGAAGUUUUAGGUGGCAAGUAGGCAUAAAAAGGAGUUAUUUUGAAAUUACAGCACCGGGUCUUUUGAUAAAGGUGACAUGGAGGCCUGUGCAAAGAAAGCAAGAAUAAUUAUAGAUCUUUUACUGUCACAGGGAUCACGCCUGGCCACUGGAUCAAGGAAAACUUUGUAAAAGACUUGGGGCCUGGGAGCAGCAUGGCAGAGGUUGCAGCUCUUUCCCCAGAGGGAGAAAGUACGCUGAAGUAGGGACUCCUAGGAGAGACCUGAGGAGGAGGGAUCCAGAGGAGGAAAAAAAGCAUAGGCAGGGAUUAGGGCUCUUAUGGCAUCAGGAUGCCAGGGUUUAAGAGUAGGUGCUUUGCCUCAGCUAUAUGGAGUAAAAAAAAAAACCCCAGUCCUACCUCCCC